AUGGGCUCUCGUUCAGCGUCGACGCUCCAACAAACGCUAUAUCGAUCUCCUAUUAUCCAUAUCCAACGAACAAUAAUCACGCCAUCCAAAUGGGAGCGCACCUAUUCUACUGCCUCCGUCAUUGCCCACAAGGGUAAAGAAAGCAAUGAAUGCGGAGCAAGACAUCCUUCAACAGAGCAACCCACAACACCACAAGCGUCUGGUCUGGAACGGCUCCCGACAUGGAGCCUCGUCCGCAACUUGAUGCUCGGCAGCAUGUUCACCUCCCCUCUCCUCUUCCGAGUCGGCUUCGGGAUGCUCGACAAGAUCGCAAAUUCCAAAUCGUCGCUCUUGAAUCCGGAUAGCAAUCCGAUCUUGCGCGCCGUCGUGAAGCCUUUGAUUUACGAUCAGUUCUGCGCCGGCACCAACCAACGGGAGAUUUUCAAGACGCGGGACUUCAUCCGAGGAAUGGGGUAUGCUGGCGUGAUUCUCUGCUACGGCAAGGAGAUUCAGAUUUCCAAGUCGAAUGAGUUGAAAUCCACGGGCUUUGCCCAGAAUAAUGAGAUCCAGCAGUGGAAGGAAGGCAACCUGGAGACUUUGAACAUGGUCGGCGAGGGAGACUGGCUCGGAAUCAAACUCACCGGCGCCGGCACAAACGUCACCAACGCGCUCAUGAAAAACGAAACCCCCUCGGCGGACUUCAUCGCCGCCAUGGACGCCAUCUGCGCGCGCGCCGCGGCCCAGAAAUGCCGCCUCUGGAUCGACGCCGAGCAACAGGUCUGCCAGACGGCCAUCGACCGCUGGACCAUCGACCUGAUGCGCAAAUGGAACACCAACGGCCGCGCUCUUGUUUACAACACCCUGCAAGCAUACCUGAAAGCCUCGCGCCCCAAACUGCAACACCAGCUCGCCCUCGCCGACCGCGAAGGCUGGACGCUCGCCGUCAAAUUGGUUCGCGGCGCGUACAUUGCCAACGACCAGCGCGAGAAGAUCCACGACACGAAGCCCGAAACGGAUGCCUCGUACGACGGAAUCGUGCAGGAUCUCCUGCAGGGCACCAAUCUCGGCUUCGACGAAGCCAACUUCCCCAGAAUGCAACUCUUCCUCGCCGGUCAUAACCCAGACUCCGUCGCUCGUGCGUGGACUCUCACGCAGUCUCUCUCCGAGCAGAACCGCCUCAAAGUCCUCCCGGACUUCGGCCAGCUGCAGGGGAUGGCGGAUGAGCUGGGCUGUAAGCUCUUGCAGCGCUGCGACGAUGUGAAAUCGCAGUCCGGAGGGGACGGGGAGGGGGUGGUCGUCGUUCCCAAGGUCUACAGGUGCUUGACUUGGGGUAGUAUUCAGGAAUGUAUGCAGUAUUUGCUGCGGAGACUCGUCGAGAACCGCGGGGGAGCGGAUCGGAUGAGGGAUGGUAUGGCGGAUUAUUGGGCCGAGUUGAAGAGGAGGACUCUGGGGAGGUCUUCGGUGUAG